UGUCCCGUUGGGGAGAUUUCUCUUCAUUUUUCUGCCACAUAGCCAAAGUAUGAAGUGUGCAGAAAUCCCUCCAAAGUGAGGGAAUCCCCAGCUGUCAUCAGAACUGGUGUCCCCAUUGAAGGAUUUUUCAUCUAUUGCUGUUCUGGUGAGAACCCAAAAUCUGGGCUUUUCUUUCACUUUCAAUGAUCAUGGUAAACAGGACAAAUGGAGAAGGGGGGCAGACUGACAACUCAUAGGGCCCCUUUGCCCAAACUCAAAAAAAAAGCCUAUGAAAAGGGUACCAGGGGCAUCUCAUGGGGCCCCCUACUGACCCCGGGCCCUCGGGCAGUGCCCGAGUUUCCAAAUGGUCAGUCCGCCCCUGGUUGCAAU